AUGGAACUGAUAAGAAUAUUACUGUUACGCAUAUCUGUUGCAUUUUUCUUCUUGUUCUUUUCUAUUAACUGUCAAUGUCAUCCUUUAGACCCUCUUAAUCCUAAUGAAAUCAACCAAAUUAGAGUCAUUAUCCAAAAAUCCCACCUUAGUUCCCUUUCCAAUGUAACAUUUCAUUUUGUAGAUCUUGAUGAACCAGAAAAGAAUGAUGUCCUUCAUUGGCUUUCCUUGCAUAAAUCAAACAAUGCCUUUUUUCCUUAUCGUCGAGCCAGGGUAGUAGUUCGCGCUAGUGGCGAGUCGCAUGAAGUUACAAUAGACCGGGCUACAAUCUCUAUCAUAUCACAAAAAUUGUACACUGGCCACGGAUUUCCUCCUUUUACUCUUAAUGAAAUUAUACGGUCCAGCAGCCUGACAUUGAGUAGUCGUAAAUUUCAAGAUUCAAUAUCAAGAAGGGGCUUGAAUAUAUCUGAAGUCAGCUGCAUUCCACUAUCAGUUGGAUGGUAUGGUCAGAUAACGACCAGAAGAGUUCUUAGUGUUCCAUGUUUUUAUCGCGGAGGGGCUAGUAACUUUUGGGCAAGGCCUAUUGAAGGAAUAACUACACUAGUAGAUGUUGAAUCAAUGAAGAUCAUUAAGUAUGUUGAUAGAUUCAGAGCCCCCUUGCCUGAAGCCAAGGAUGCUGGUUUCAAUUCGUCGAGCCAGGGAUCAGUCACUUGCAAUGACACGCAACCCUCCAGGAUAAACAUCCAAGGCCAUGAAGUCGAAUGGGCUAACUGGAAAUUUCAUGUUGGAUUCAAUAAUAGAGCAGGGAUAAUCAUUUCAACAGCUUCUAUAUUUGAUGCUGCAAGAAAUGAAUAUCGACGUGUGCUCUAUAGAGGUCAUGUCUCUGAGAUAUUUGUGCCUUACAUGGAUCCUACAUUUGAAUGGUACUAUAGGACAUUCAUGGAUGUUGGCGAAUUUGGUUUUGGAAGAUCGGCUAGCACCCUUGUCCAGUCGUUGGACUGUCCAAACAAUGCAGUGUAUAUGGAUGGUUAUAUAUCUGAUUCAGAAGGCCAAGUAGUGCAAGUACCUCGUGCUAUUUGCAUUUUUGAACGAUAUGCUGGAGAUGCUGCAUGGAGGCAUACAGAAAUCGGAGUACCUGGCACUUUAGUAAGGACAGAAAGAAGUUAACUGGUGAUCAGAAUGGUAACAACAGUUGGAAAUUAUGACUAUAUACUUGAUUGGGAGUUCAAACAAAGUGGAUCCAUUAAAGUUGGAGCAAGUCUAACAGGGAUUAUGGAGAUGAAGGCUGUGAAAUACACGAACAGUGAUCAAAUAAAUCAGGAUGUUUACGGUACCCUUGUGGCAGAAAACACAAUUGCAGUGAACCAUGAUCAUUCUUACCACAUUGAUCUUGACGUUGAUGGUCGUAACAAUUCACUCCUGAAAGCCAAACAGAAAACUGAAAGAUUCAAGGACAAGAAAAUGUCACCAAGGAAGAGUUACUGGACUGUCGUUAAACAAACUAUGAAAACAGAAUCUGAAGGCAGGACUCAACUUGGGCUUGAACCAGCUGAAUUGUGGUUUGUUAAUGCUGAGAAAAAGACUAAAGUUUGAAAUGAUGUAGGUUAUAAGUUAUUUCCUGGUAGACCAUCUAUGUCUUUGCUAUCAGAUGAUGAUUACCCUCAAAUUAGAGCAGCUUAUACAAAGUAUCAACUGUGGGUGACUCCUUAUAACAAAUCAGAAAGAUGGGCUGCAGGGUUUUAUGCUGCUGGAAGUCAUGGUGAUGAUGGUCUCACAGUCUGGAGUGGCAGGAAUAGAUCAAUUGAAAAUAAGGACAUUGUGCAAUGGUACACACUUGGAUUCCAUCAUAUACCUUGUCAAGAAGAUUAUCCUAUAAUGCCAACAAUAUAUGAUGCUUUUGAACUACGGCCAACAAAUUUUUUUGAAAAAAAUCCAUUGGUUCCUAAUACAUGUGGUGGAAUUAGUUAUUUCCUACAGUUGGUAUCAGAGCAGACAAUGGAGCACAAGAAAAAUAAUCAAGCAAAAUCUAAGGAACAAAAGAAAGACCUGGUUCUUCCAUCGCACAGAAUGAUGACAAAACAUGAAGCUGAUAUUGCUGUUAAAAGGGCUCUUGCUAAAAUGGAAAAUUCUUCUGAUGAAUUUGAAGAUGAAGAACCACAAAAUUGGUCAUUACUGUAUAUGGUGGAAUCUGAUGAUGAGGACACUCUAGCACUUGUUGUAAUUGCUGAUUUGGAUGGUGAACAACAAGAAGAAAAUUCAAAGGAGGCCAUACUUUCACACAUGGCAAGUUCAGACUCAGAUGGUGAUACUGAACAAGGAGAAUCUGAGAAUCAACUUAUGAGUGAUUAUGCAUCUUUAAGAAUGGACUAUCGAAGUCUCGAUGAAGAAAACUGUUCCUUGAAAAGCUCUUUAAAGGAAUUUUCUUCUAAAGGAAAAAACCAAGCAAUCACUUUUCAACAAUCUUUAGAAGAUGACAUCAAGAAAUUGACUAUAAAUCUUCAAGAGCUUACCGAAAAUAAAAGUAAUAAGCAUGUGGAAUUAUAUUGUAAGAUAAAUAAAAAGAAUUCACACAUUCCAAAUCACCUCCAUUUUUACACAAGUUCAACAAUGGUAUUUUCUUGUGUAACAAUGGCUUCUUGGAAAAUCCUGUUAUGGUCUGUCUCAAUAUAUCUUACAUUUAUCAUCUCUUUCUCUCAAGAAACUACAAAUAUUGUCCCUCUUGGUUCCAAUAUCACAGCUGGAAGUAAAUCUUCACGCUGGCUUUCAGCCUCUGAAGAUUUUGCUUUUGGUUUCUACAAUCUUAGCACUGGACUCUUCCUUGUUGGCAUAUGGUUUGAUAAAAUCCCCGAGAAAACUAUCGUAUGGUCAGCCAAUCGCGAUCAUCCAGUUCGUGUUGGAUCAAAGGUUAAUCUAACGCAGAGUGGACGCCUUGUGUUGACAGAACCUGAUGGGAGAGAGUUUGUUCUGUACAAUGGUACAGGAACAAGUUAUGCUUCUAUGCAAGAUGAUGGGAAUUUUGUACUGAGAAAUUCAUCCUCAGGGGUCUUAUGGGGAAGCUUUGAUUUCCCGACGGAUACUAUUUUGCCCGGUCAAGUUCUUGUUAUGGGACAGAAACUAUUUUCCAGUGCCAAUGGGACAGUAGAUUACUCGACAGGGAAGUACAGAUUAGAGAUGCAGAUGGAUGGGAAUGUGGUCUUGUCUGCAUAUAGAACUGCUGAUGUUGGGUACUGGAAUUCUAUAACUAUAAGCAAUAGUAAUGUCAGACUGGUAUUCGAAAACACCACUGAUACUUUGUUCAUUACGAAUGGAAGCUCAAUUAUAUCCAACAUGACAGCGACGAACUUGCCUGCUUCAGUUCGAGAUUAUUAUCACAGAGCUAUAAUCACUGAUAAGGGAGACUUCCAACAGCAAUUCCACAGCAAAAUAAAUGGGAGCAGUUGGGAUGUUGCAUGGCAAGCUAUCAAGCAACCUUGUAUUGUGAAUAACAUUUGUGGUGUAUAUGGCUUUUGCGAGUCACCUGACAAUAAGGAAAUCAAUUGUAGUUGCUUGCCAGGCUAUUCUCCAAUGGAUCAGUACAAUCCAUCUAAAGGAUGUUAUCCGAGCGUGGUGAAGGAUUUUUGUGAUCCAAAGACUUCCCUUUCGGAUAUCUAUGUUCAAAGAAUCUCUAGUGCUGAUUUUCAUAAUAGGGAGUAUGCAGAACUAGAAAGGGUAUUUCAAGCUAAUGAGGAGCGUUGCAUGCAGGAAGUGCUGAAUGACUGUCUUUGUGAGGCAGCGGUGUUGAUUGAUGCAACAUGUUUCAAGAAGAGGAUGCCUAUACAGAGUGCCAGAAGAGUUAGUCCUGAUACAGAUAACAUGGUUGCAUUCCUUAAAAUUAGCAACUCUUCAGUAACUCAAAACAAAAAGCACUCUGUAUCAAAGGGUGUUUUGGUAGCAGGUGUGAUAGUAUGUUCAGUACUUGCGCCACUUUUUGCAGCAAUUGCAAUCUAUUAUCAUCCUUUUGUGCAGAAAUAUAGACUUGCCAAAAACCCUCCAAAAAGAAAGCCCAUUGAGCUGAAUUUAAGGGCAUUUUCGUUCCAGCAGCUGCGCGAAACCACCAAUGGUUUCAAGAAUAAAUUAGGCCAAGGAGCUUCUGGUGCUGUCUAUAGCGGAAUUCUCAAGUUAGAGGAUGAAGAAGUUGAGGUUGCUGUGAAGCAAUUAGGAAAUGGCCUUGAACAAGGUGGUGAUAAAGAAUUUUUGGCAGAAGUGAGGGUGAUAGGCCUAACACAUCACAAAAAUCUGGUUCAUUUGUUAGGCUUCUGCAAUGAAAAAAGCAAUAGGCUUCUUCUUUAUGAAUUAAUGCAAAAUGGGGCUGUGUCAAAUUUGAUCUUUCAGGAUGGACCAAGACCAAGCUGGAAGCUAAGAAGUGAUAUAGUACUUGGCAUUGCUAGAGGUCUGUUAUACUUGCAUGAAGAGUGUGAGAACCAGAUCAUUCAUUGUGACAUUAAGCCACAAAAUGUCCUUCUUGACAAGAACUACACUGCCAAAAUUGCUGAUUUUGGCCUAGCAAAGCUUCUUAUGAAAGAUCAGACACGAACAAACACGAAUUUUAAAGGAACCAUGGGUUAUAUGGCACCAGAAUGGCUAAAAAACGUGCCCGUGACAACCAAAGUUGACAUCUACAGCUUUGGGGUUUUGCUGCUGGAGAUUAUUUUCUGCAAAAGGCAUAUGGACUUGAACCCAAUUGUCGAAGCAAAUGAAGAGCUCGAGUUGAUCUUAGUAGAUUGGGUUCUGCAUUGUGUGAGACACGGAAUGCUGGGAGCUGUUGCUAGUCUUGAUGAAGAAAUUAUGUGUCAUUUUCACGAUUUUGAGAGGAUGACUAUGAUUGCACUAUGGUGCUUGUGUCCUGAGCCGAAUCUUCGACCAUCUGCAGCAAAGCUUGUUCAGAUGUUGGAAGGAACUACAGACUUAGGUGUUCCUCCUAUGGUUGAUACAACUAUAUGA